GGGCGCGCGCCUCGGGCAGGGAGGGGCGGCCGCGACCGGGGAGGGAAGAUGAGGCGUCGGGGGCGCGCUUUCCGCGUUGGCUGGCUGCUUCUCGCUCCCCGUACCAGUGGACACUGACAGCCAGCUGUGCGGCUACGCGACGACGAUAACAGCUGCGGACCCGCCGCCCUCGAACAUUGAACACCCCCCAACCCUCCGGUGUCCGCCUGGGAAGUCAGAAAGACUUCAAAAAGAGAGAAGCGAGGAAGAAGAAGAACGAGGCGGUGAAAAAAAGAGGCUUGUAUCGUCUUCGUCGUUGGUGGUUUCUGUGCUAGCUUAAGCUAAAGACCAGCAUUCCUCCGACAUGAAUCCGCUGUGUAGCAAAUGUAAUCUCGUCGUCUACCCCACGGAAAAAAUCAAUUGCUUGGACAAGUACUGGCAUACGAAAUGCUUUCGCUGCGAGGUCUGCAAUAUGUCUCUGAACAUGAAGAAUUACAAAGGCUUUGAGAAGAGACCAUACUGCAAUGCACACUACCCCAGGGCAAACUUCACCUGCGUGGCUGACACUCCAGAGAACAUCCGUCUCAAACAGCAGAGCAAGAUGCAGAGCCAGGUUCUCUAUAAGGAGGAUUUUGAGAAGAAUAGAGGAAAAUCCUUCACUGUGGUCACAGACACGCCAGAGCUGCAGAGACUCAAGAAAUCGCAGGAUCAAGUCAGCAACAUCAAGUACCAUGAGGAGUUUGAGAAGAGCAAGACUUCACAUCUCCACGAGGAAGUAGAAAGGAGCAAGACUCAGCAUCAACAGCCAGGUAACCCUGCCCCAGCAGCUUUCCAGCCUUCUGCUGCCUCUCAGAACUACCACUACGAUCCUGUCCCUGAACCUGUACGGCCAGCGGCCGCUGCACCUCCUCCCAGUGCCGGGCAGAAGAGGUACCGGGCGGUGUACGACUACGCCGCCGCAGACGAGGACGAAGUCUCCUUCAUGGACGGCGACGUGAUCGUGGACGUGCAGCAGAUCGACGAGGGCUGGAUGUACGGCCGCGUGGAGCGCACUGGCCAGCAGGGAAUGCUGCCCGCCAACUACGUGGAGGCCAUCUGAGAGGGAGAGAAAAGGAGAGAGAAAGAAGAGGUAGAGGGAGGGAGGGCAAAGAGAGGGGGGGAAAGGAGAAAAAAAAGCCCAGUGCCAUUUCAUCUUUAAAGCAGCUUCUCUUGAUUUAAUUUAGCCUUGUCGCCCCCCUCCCCCCUGUCUCCUUUCUCAUCGUUCAGCUCGCUAACCUCAACCCUUCUUCUGUCUUAACUUUUUUUUUUUUUUCUGUGUACUGAUGUGUGGCUGUCGCUCAACCUCAUCUUCGUCCCAUUCCGGAAGUCAGCUCCAUCUUUGCUACAACACUUAAAAUUCUCCCCCCGCUCCCCCACAGCGCGACAUUGGACAAAAUAUAAGGAGAAAUAUUUGGAAAAUUCGCUUCGUGAGUCAUUCCGCACAGAUGUUUUGUUUGUUUGUGUGCGCGUUUCCUCGGUAAGACUGGAAGCAAAGUUUAAUCUCAGUCGCAGUUACUUUGAUUUCUCAACCCUGUCGGAUCAGACAGCCGUCUGUCCUAAUACAGUUUUAAGUCGAAUAUAUAUUUAUCGAUCCUGAUAUUAUGCACUGUAUCAUGGGUAAUGUUGUUCAACUGGAAUCCGGAGCGCCUGCUCUUCUCAUUUCUCUUUUGUUUUCAAGGAUCAGGGAUGAGUUGGGGAAUGUCCAACAUGCGUAUUUGUACACAGCUGACUUCCUGUUUCCUGUGAUGCAAUGUCCCCCCCUCCCUUUUGCCACAAAGUUAGCGUACACAGCACAACUGUAUUGUGUCAACCUUUUUAAUCCUUUUAUUCCUCUGCUUCAGCAACAUUUCAGUCUUAAUUUUUUCCUGAGAUGUAAAUGAAUUUCUCGUCUGACUUGUUUAUUCCCCCGCAACCCGCCUUCUUCCGCCUUCUAUCUUGUGCUCAUGUUCUUUGCCUUUUUUUUCUUUGCUGUAUUGUAAGAUGCUUAUUUUGAACAGGAAAAAAAAUUGUCAAUUGUAUUAAAUGAAUAAACCAGCAACACAAUUUAUGAAGGUUGGAGUUUAUAUAAAGUAAACUGUAAAAAAAAAAAAAAAAAAAGAGAGGAAGUGGUAGUGGGAUAAGGAAACGGUGGCCGAAUUCUAAUCAGUGUGCCCAGAAACCUAUAAAGUGUCAGCCAGUGUUCGAAUGGUCGGUUGUAAAUAAUCUCCGACGAUGGGGUGUGGUGGAUUGAUUUGGCGCGGCUAUAUCUAGAUGACAUUUGUACAUUGGUGUAUCAUAACAGACGUCAGAGUGCGUCAGGAAUUUUUUUUUACUGUGUAAGAUGGCGACAGAGGGAAUCGUGCUGGUGGUAAUUAUUUGAAAAAAUCAAGUUUGGACGUUUGCCGACUUGUCAACACCAGUCUAGAAGGUCUUGCCGUGCUACCUUCAGGCCAGUGUAGAGAUUUGUUGGACUGUCAAGCACAGCACGCUACCAUUCCAUGGGGUGGCACGUCAGUAGAAUCGCGAUGUCAGGCUAGCAUAGACAAUGACAACAAUUUUUACAAACUUUGUCCCCUAAAACUAGUAACACUUGACCUAGCAUUUGAGCGGCCAAUAUGCCAGGCUAGCUAGCUAGCAUAGCACUACAACAACUGUUAAUACCAUCUUUGUCCCCAAAAAUUGCUAAUUUCCCCAAAAUUUGUUAAGGGUAACUGUCCGCUGGUAUUUACGCAGUUUGUAUAAUCCAGUGUCAAGCUAGGUAGUGUGCUAACCCUUUGACAAACUUGAACCUUUCGCCCCCAAAAAACAUACUAGUAACCAGUACCCUGCUGGCUCGUUCCAUUGUUUUAGUAAUAUAGCUUAGCACUAUAAUGACUACAAAUUUUGUCUCCACAAAUGUCACUCGUAACUAGUAAGGAGUCAGCUAGUGUUUGAGUGGUUGGCUACGGUCUGUGAACCUCACCUAGUACAAUGACAGUAAACUUUCUGCGUACAUUUCCCAAACUGCUUUUCAAAACAUUGACUAUGACGGGAAUUGAUCACAAGAGUGAAUCAUGCUGUUUCAGAAACCCGAUUCAGAGCCCUCUCCCUCAGGCAAGUAUCAGAAUUGUUGGACACAACUGUUUUUACCCCCAAAAACAUAUUUGUAACGAAUAAAUUGGAAGCUAGCUUAAGGUGUUCGUGAACAGUUUUUGGCCCCCAAACAUGUUAUUUGUAACAUAAAAUGGAGGCUAGCUUCAGGCUAGCUAGCUAAGGGUGGGAAUUGUCGGGAACAACAGUUUUUGUCCCCCAAACAUGUUAUUUGUAACGGAUAUAGUGGAAGCCAGCUUCAGGCUAGCUAGCUAAGGGUGGGAAUUGCUGGGAACAACAGUUUUUGCCCCCCCAAACAUGUUAUUUGUAACAGAUAAAGUGGAAGCUAGCUAGCUAAGGGUGGGAACUGUCGGGAGUAACAGUUUUUCUCCCCCAAACUGUAACAAAUCACCUAUCAGCCUGCAUUUGCUUUUUUUUUUUUUUUUUUUUUUUUUUGGUUGCUCGAUAGGACUCUGAAGACCAUUUCUCUGCAUGUCAUCUCUGAGACUAUUCUGUCAUUCUCUGACCGUGCACUGAGACUGGGGCCAUGUUUACGACACAAUUGAGUCAUACUUGUUUUUUUUUUUAAACUGAAUUUGUAUGUUUUUGACAAAAGUGAUUGUUCGCUCUUACUAGAGUGACUGGAUUUUAGCUUUGUCUAUCAAGCUGGCGUAGAACUCGGACAACAUUCUUUCUGUACAUGAUUCGUGAAAAUAUACCGUAAAUGUACUACCACUGAGGGCAUGUUUACAAUCAUGACAGGGAUUAAUCGUAGGAAUUGUCGGGCAUUGUUGACAGUAAUUUAUUUAGAGGGAGCGAUUCUUGCACCCUUAACUCUUUGUUCGAAAGUAAUGUCUGUCGGUGUCUUUGUUGGUCGUUCCAUCUGUCAAGCUAGCGUAGCACUACGACCAGCAGCGUUGCCGACUUAAAACGGUGUUCUAUGCAACGGCACUAGAAGGCGCUCACUUGGAUAGGGAAGCUAACCGCGUUCCCAAAACUAACUGCGGUAUAUCGUGACAUAAUAAACUGUCAACACACCCGACUACAGCGACCGCCUCUCUGUGAACGUCAUCUCCGAAACUGUUCUCAUUUUCAACACACUGCAAACGGGGGAAAGUUUACAACAGCUACAGAAGGAAUCAUGGGAUUAGUUUGGAAAUUUUUAGCUCAAUUUAGACGUUCAGAUGCGUUUGACGUAUUGUUUUAGAUGGAAGCAAAUGCUGUUCCUGACGUGAAUUAUUUUUUUACAUUUUUUUUUCGUUCUCUUCCAAGUUAUCUCGUCCCCGUCUCAGUCGAGCCUUCUCUUUCUGUGCUUCUGACUUAUCCUUCCGUGCUUGUCAUUUCUGCUUACAUGUACCCGCCAUAAUAGGAAUCAUGAAACCCCAAUCGGUGGAAGCUUGCUGACCAGUUUUGUGCAUUUCCAUCUUUUUUUUCAUAUGAUUUUUAAACAGGAAUAAAGAUAUUGUAUGCAUAUUGACACGUCAAACAAAAAAACAAGUACAUGACAUGGUCAGAUGUUAGGAUCUGAAAUCAUCUGUCACAGCACUUCAAACUGUACUUAAUGAUUCUGCAGAUUAAAUAAAGUCAUUUUUCUCAGA